AUGACGGUGGAGGAGGUGAGGGAGGCGCAGCGCGCGAUUGGACCGGCGACGGUGCUGGCCAUCGGCACGGCGACGCCACCCAACUGCGUGUACCAGGCAGACUAUCCGGACUACUACUUCAGGGUCACAAAGAGCGAGCACCUGGUCGGCCUCAAGGCCAAGUUCAAGAGGAUGUGUGACAAGUCACACAUCCGGAAGAGAUACAUGCACCUGACGGAGGAGAUGCUUGAGGAGAACCCCAGCAUGUGCACGUUCAUGGCGCCGUCGUUGAGCGCACGUCGGGCCAUCGCUGUCCCCCUGGUCCCAAAGCUCGGAAAGGAGGCCGCGGAGAAGGCGAUCAGGGAAUGGGGGCAGCCUCUGUCCAGCAUCACCCACCUCAUCUUCUGCAGCACCUCCGGAGUGGACUUGCCAGGCGCCGACUUCCACCUGACAAAGAUGCUCGGCCUGCGUCCGUCAGCGAAGCGUUUCAUGAUGUACCAGCAGGGCUGCUUCACCGGCGGCAUGGUGCUCCGUCUGGCCAAGGACCUGGCCGAGAACAACCGCGGAGCACGCGUGCUGGUGGUCUGCUCGGAGAACACGGUCAUGACUUUCCAUGGCCCCGACGAGUCCCACCUCGACUCGCUGGUAGGCCAGGUGCUCUUCGGCGAUGGCGCGGCGGCCGUGAUCAUCGGGGCGGACCCCGACGGGUCCACGGAGCGGCCGCUGUUCCAGCUUGUAUCGGCCAGCCAGACCAUCCUGCCGGAAUCGGAGGGAGCCAUUGGCGGGCAGCUACUGGAGGCGGGCCUCACCUUCCACCUCCGCAAGAAUGUUCCCAUACUCAUCUCCAAGAACAUCGAGCGCGCGCUGGAGGAGGCCUUCAAGCCACUGGGCAUCCACGACUGGAACUCCAUCUUCUGGGUGACGCACCCCGGCGGGCCGGCCAUCCUCAGCAUGAUCGAGGCUAAAGUCAAGCUUAACAAGGAGCGGAUGCGCGCCACCCGGCACGUCCUGUCCGAGUACGGCAACAUGUCCAGCGCGUGUCUGUUCUUCAUCCUGGACGAGAUGCGCAGACGCUCCUCCGAGGACGGACACGCCACCACCGGCGAGGGCAUGGACUGGGGUGUCCUAUUCGGCUUCGGCCCCGGCCUCACCGUCGAGACCAUCGUCCUCCACAGUGUCCCCAUCGCCUCCCCGUGAGGCCAGUAAGGCCUCUACGUUUUCCCCUUACCCGUCAAUCAAUCAAGACAUCUGUUCCGUUGCUGAGGGUGUUCAUGAUUGCCCGACGCUAUUUGUUCUCAAACCUCUCUGUUGCUCACGGUUAUGGCUGUGGUUUAGUUUCUGAGACGUACUCAGUUUCAAAACUGUUGGCUGCUGGCCCCUGAUGUGGCCUUUGUUUUUAGUUUCUGCUUUUUUUAUUUCAAAAAAACUGAACUAUGUAUCCUGUC